CGCCGAGCCCCGGGCGCCCGAGCUCGCCCGCGGGAAGCCGGAGGCAGCCGGGGAGGAGGCCCCCGGGCGAGGAUGGCCCGGAAGAGAAAGCCCCCCAGCACCCAGGGUGAACCAAGAACAUAUGACCCAGACUUCCAGGGGCCGACUGUCAACAGGAGGUGUACUGAUGUUUUCUGCUGCUUCAUCUUCCUUCUGUUCAUUAUGGCCUACAUUGUGUUAGGCCUCACUGCCUGGUUACAUGGCGACCCCAGGAGAGUGGCCUAUCCUACAGACAGCCAGGGCCACUUCUGUGGCCAGAAGGGCACCCCCAAUGAGAACAAGUCCAUUUUGUUUUACUUCAACCUGUUCAGGUGCACCAACCCCACCACAAUGGUAAACCUUCAGUGCCCCACCACACAGAUCUGUGUCUCUAAGUGCCCAGAAAAAUUUUUAACUUACUUGGAAAUGCAACUUUUGUACUAUAAAGACAAAAGCUACUGGGAUUACUACAGUCAAUUCUGCAAGUCCACUGCUCAGCCUGUGAAGUCUCUUGCAGAGAUCUUAAUAGACGAUGACUGUCCAACAGCCAUUUUCCCAAGCAGAACUUUUCUCCAGAGAUGUUUUCCUGACUUCUCUACCAGAAGUGGCAAUUUGACAGUGGGAAACAAGAUGCGCUUUGAAGAUGGGAGUGGACACAUGAGGAAUGUUUUAGAGCUCAGGGAGGCUGCAAAUGGCAUCAAUAAAAUUCUUGAUGCAAAGACUAUUGGAUUAAAAGUGUUUGAAGACUAUGCAACAACUUGGUCUUGGAUUCUCAUUGGCCUGGCCAUCGCCAUGGUCCUUAGCUGGAUAUUCUUGGUAUUGCUGAGGUUCAUUGCUGGAUGUCUCUUCUGGGUCUUCAUGGUUGGUGUGCACAGCAUUGUGGGAUAUGGAAUAUUGUACUGUUUCCAGGAAUACAACAGACUUCAGCAACAUCCAGAUUCUACCUUGACUAUAUAUGACAUUGGGAUUCAAACUAAUAUAAGCAUGUAUUUUCGCUUGAAACAAACAUGGUUCAUGUUAAUGAUCGUCCUGUGCAUCAUUGAAUUCGCCAUCAUCAUCAUGCUGAUCUUCCUCAGGAACCGGAUCCGCCUGGCCAUCAUCCUGCUGAAGGAAGGGAGCAAAGCCAUUGGAUACAUGCCUAGCACAUUAAUAUAUCCACUUUUGACUUUCAUUUUGCUUUCGAUCUGCAUCUCCUACUGGGUUGUGACAGCUGUUUUCUUGGCUACAUCAGGAGUACCUGUAUACAAAGUUAUAGUGCCAGAGGGGUCAUGUGUACAUGCAAACAAAAUUUGUGACCCACAGAUUUUUAAUACCACAGAUGUUCCCAAAGCCUGCCCUGGGGCUCUGUGUAACUUUGCUUUCUAUGGAGGAAAGAGCUUUUACUAUCAAUACAUCACCACCUUCCACGUGUACAACCUGUUUGUCUUUCUCUGGCUUGUCAACUUUGUUGUUGCGUUGGGUCAGUGUGCCCUAGCCGGUGCCUUUGCCAGUUAUUACUGGGCCAUGAAGAAACCCGAUGACAUCCCACCAUACCCACUGUUUACUGCAUUUGGAAGAGCCAUACGAUAUCACACAGGGUCUCUGGCAUAUGGAUCCUUAAUCCUUGCAUUAAUUCAAAUGUUUAAAAUAAUCUUAGAAUACCUGGACAACCGACUAAAAAGGGCCCAGAAUAGUCUUUCUAAAUUUAUACAAUGCUGCCUGAAGUGUUGUUUCUGGUGUUUGGAAAAGAUGGUAAAGUUUUUAAACAGAAAUGCCUACAUCAUGAUUGCAAUCUAUGGCAAAAACUUCUGCAGGUCAACGAGAGAUGCUUUCCAUCUGCUGAUGAGAAACAUCAUAAAAGUUGCAGUUACAGAUGAAGUUACACACUUCAUAUUACUCCUAGGAAAACUUCUGGUUUCUGGACUGAUAGGGCUCCUGGCCUUCUUACUCUUCACACAGAGAUUGUCAGUGAUUGUAGAAGGACCAACAUCUUUAAAUUACUACUGGGUACCUUUGCUGACUGUCGUUUUGGGGUCUUACCUCAUUGCUCAUGGGUUCUUCAGUGUCUAUGCAAUGUGUGUUGAAACCAUUUUCAUCUGCUUCUGUGAAGAUUUGGAGAGAAAUGACGGAUCUGCAGAAAAACCUUACUUCGUGACCCCUAACCUGCACAGGAUUCUCACCCUGAGGCGUCAGCUUCCCCGCAAGCCGAAAGAGUAGAAAUGCUCCUCCCAACAGUGCCAUUCUCUUUGAAGUCAACCUUUUGUAAAUUAGGGCUACUGUGACUCAAAAGUAUUCCUUUUGAGUCCUGUGACAUGUCCGUGCUAUUUCUAAAAAGUUAGCAAUUGGUGCUAUUCAAGGCAUCCGGCAUCUGAUGUCACUGGCCUCUGGGACCUAACGUAUUUUUGAGCCUGAGGUCCCAGCUGAGGAGCAAAGGGUUGAUGUCAAACAUUUUGAAAGACCUGUAGCUGGAAGUGUUUUAAUAACUUUUAUAACACAGCAGGCUGCUCUUACAGCAGUACUUGGAUGGCCUUCCUUUUUUUUAAUAAGUGUAUAUUUGUAAAGGACAUUCAGGCAGUUUUUGAAAACACUAAGUGUGUAAUCAGUUAGCCAUAAAAUAUUGAGUUAUAGGUAACCAGCAUAAAUUUGUAAAUAUGGUGCUAUGGUUAUGUGUACACUGUUGAAGCCAGUGGACAGCUCUCUAAACAGAUUGUGUAUUGAUUGUUAUCUAGAAAGUAUGUGCCAGGAAGUGAAUUAAGUCCACAACAAACAUGUAGAUCAGUAUCCCACGUAUUCUAUCAAUAGCAUCUCUGAGUAAAAGCAGCUUUGGAACUCUCACAGUCCAUUCUGUUUUAGUGAAAUGAUAUUUAUAUUGAAGUCAAAUCCAAAUUUUGGUAUAUCAUUUCCAAUAAUAUGAACUUCACUCUGGUCACAGAAUAUUCAGACCACAACUGAGAUUGCUCAAGUCUUUUGCUCCUCACCUGACUUUCCUAUUUCCACCAUGUAGAAGAUCUGUGUGGACAUUUCUUUUGAAGAGAUUAUAUGGCAUUGGUCUGUGAAAGGGUUAAAUUCAGUUCAACUUUCAGUGAGGAAAGAGAACAGAUAAGACCCUUCAGAUUUUAGGGAAAAGAUCGCUGGCCUUCUGUUGGGUACCACAUCUGGUACUUUUGCAUGGGGUAGGUGUUUCAGGUAGGGGAAUCUCUCCCUGCAUGCUUAGGACAAAAGCCCCUGGCUUAAAUCCUGCAUUUCAGAGCAGAGCAGAACUCAGACCCACAUACUCCUUGCCUGCCUGACCUGUAUGUUAAAAGAUGUAUGAUAUAACCAAGUGUCAAAACCCAUCCCCAAAGAGCUUGGGAUUUUUGAUGUCCUUUGGCUCUGACACAAAGCUUGUGUAUAAGGAUUGUGUACUGACAAUGAAACGUGUUGAUCUGAAUGUGGUCCAAACACAUCCAAGAGAGUCAAAAUCUUUAUCAUUGUGUCAUAAAUUAAUAUGAAUGCUAAUCCACUUACUUAACCGGAAGCAUAGGGUCCUAGAUUCAUAGUGACUUCAUGGCAGCUGCAUAGCAGGAAGCAAGGGUGCAGGAGAUUUUCAGAGCAUGGACCCCCACGAUGGCCACCACAUUCUUGGCCUGUGUCCUUGAGAUUGCUCUAGCCAGAAAUACUGUUUGGCUCAAUCCUUUGUUCUCCUUGAAGCAUAUGCAGUGACCAUUUCCUGAAUUUUUAAUGUUAUUUCAUUUCUUCAACAUUACAACGGUCUUAAGAAAGAUGUAAUAGAACGGUGGUUUCUACCUACAAUCAUUAGUAACUACAGAUAACUACAGAUGUCCAUGCCUUACCCAGGAGGGUUUAAAAUGUUGAAUUUCUAUGUGGGUCGCUGUGUGACUUGGUACAAAGUUCUAUGAUUUUGACACAUCAAAAUUUGGAAGUUGUUUGAAUUAACCAGCAUGUAAGAAAUUGCUUGUCUGUUUACAACUCACUCCUUGUCAGGAAAAAAAUGUCCUUUUAUUACUUCUGUGUGUAAUUAGCAUGGAUAGAGUAAAAAUGAGUAUUGUAUUUGAGAAGUUUAGAAGCCAUUUCUUACACAGCAAUUAAAACAGAAGAAAAGAAAGAGCAAUACUUCUCAAAAUCUUCCAUGGAAGGAUUGGCGAUUCUAUACGGUAACAUUUUUAAAAGCCAUCUAUCUCUUCAAGGCUGCACCAUCCACACUGUUCACCAAACAGAAACGACUCUGAGACAGUGCGGUCAUUUGGGAAGUAAACUGGAAAAGCGAAGAUCAAUGCUAUUUCCAGAGUCAUUCCAUGGAGAGACAUGCAGUGUUGGCAGAAUUUGAUGUGGGACACGCAAUGAGAUCUGACUUUACUGGUGUGCUAACAAGGGCUGACUGUUUCCUCACACCUCAUGUUUACAAUGACACCAUUGCCGGGCUGUGCUGUUUGAAAGGAGGCGUUUAGCAUUGCUGUGAGCAGGUGGGCAGCAGGUGGCGACAUUGCUUCUCACUGUCUGCCCUUCUUCUCCCUAGUGGACGAUUUAGAAAGAAACGAAGGCAGUUCAUCAAGACCCUAUUUCGUGAGCCCAUCUCUGUUGAAGAUUUUAUUGGAGCAGAAAGGGGAACAGGAGCACAAGUAGAAGAGCCCACUUGUGGAGCUGCAGUGGUGGGUCCCCCUUCCUCCUCUGCUGUGACAACACCCCUCAUAAGUGCUGUGGGCUGGGGGACACUCCACUGCCUUGUUGAUUUGCAUUUGUGUUUAUACCAAAGCUUACACUGUAAGAUGCGACGCCAUCAUAAGUCGCCAGAGAAUUGUUAAUAACAUGGAACGUUUUUAUACUCAGAUCCCUUGCUUUGUAAUUCAUUUUUAAAUGGCGUGGCUUGGAUGUUCUGAAAAUGCUACCGUCUCCAUGUUCUUUUAACUAUUAGACGGAUGAAGGGUACAUUAUUUAACUUGAUAGCUCCUAAUAUAUUUUUUAAGAUUGCAAUGUAAUGACUUCUGCAGGGAAAACAGAUAAGUGAAAUAAAUUUUUUUAAAGCUCACCUUGCCCUCCCCCCCCCCCCCCCACACACACUCCCAUUUAACGGUAAACCAGUUCAAAGUCACCUGCUCCAGUCUUGGCUGUGUCUAAGUAGAGACCAUUUCCUGUUGGUCAAAUUGUCAGUCAUCCAGCCUUUGCCCGGUUCUAUGACAAAGUGCCUUACUGGCUUCCUAACACUACCCAGCCUUUGUGGGCAAGUUUACAAGCAUUGUUUAAAAACAAUUAAAACCUGUGAUGUUCAGUGA